CCAGUCAACCAACUACGCCUUCUUCUCCGCUGCAGUUCGUCCAAUUUAUAUUGUAUAUAUAGGAGAAAUUAUUAACUAAUUGGGGAGAUUAAGGAUACAUACAUACAGAGGUCUUGCAAUGGAGGGGCUGUACAAGGUUGUUCUGUCUGCAGCUUUCUUCAUCGUCUGUCUGUCUGGUUCGACCCGCGCGCAGAGCUGCUCCGGCUAUGCCUUCUCCAACAACAACGUCUACGCCGCCUGCAGUGAUCUCCCCGUGCUCAAUUCCUUCCUCCACUGGACUUACCAUCCGGCGAACCACACGGUGGAUCUGGCUUACAGGCACACCGGAAUGUCGACUUCCAAUUGGAUUGUGUGGUCGCUGAACCCUACCGGCGGAGCUAUGUCCGGAGCUCAGUGUCUCGUGGCGCUGCACAAUUCGUCCGGCAACGUCCACGCUUACACCUCCCCUGUUUCCGGCUACGCGACGCAGCUGGAGGAGGGCAACCUGAGCUUCGCCGUCCCGUCUAUCGCCGCCGAAUUCAGAAGCGGGGAAAUGAUCAUUUUCGCCACCGUGGCGCUGCCGAGCGGGAGGACCAGCUUUACUCAGGUCUGGCAAUUCGGCAACGUUAAUGGAAACGUUCCCCAAAGGCAUGAAACCACCGGCGACAAUAUGCGCUCCUUCGGAACCAUUGAUUUCUCCACCGGACAAACGGCCGACACCGGCGCCGCCGGCGACGCCUCCAGAAACCGUAAACGCAACAGACAUGGCGUGCUGAACGUGGUGAGUUGGGGAAUUUUAAUGCCCAUCGGCGCCAUGGCCGCGAGAUACCUGAAGGUGUUCGAGGUAGCCAAUCCACUCUGGUUCUACCUCCACGUGUCCUGCCAGGCCUCCGCCUACAUCGUCGGCGUCGCCGGCUGGGGCACCGGCCUGAAGCUCGGCAGCGACUCCCCCGGCGUCGAACAAACCAAGCACAGGAACAUCGGCAUCGUCCUCUUCGCCUUCGGAACUCUCCAGGUAUUUGCGUUGCUGUUGAGGCCUAAGCCCGACCACAAGUACAGAGUGUACUGGAACGCCUACCACCACGCAAUCGGGUACAGUGUGAUAGCUCUGAGCAUCGUCAACAUCUUCGAGGGGUUCGACAUUUUGGAUCCGGAGAAGAAAUGGAAGAGAGCUUACAUCGGCGUCCUCAUCGCCCUCGGCGCCGUUGCUCUCGUCUUGGAGGCCUUCACAUGGUUCGUCGUGCUCAGGAGGAAAAGUGACAGGCCCUCCGACAAACGCUCCCGCGCCGCCGCAGUUACCGGAGUUAAUGGAUCGUCGUCACACGGUGCUUAGUUAGUUAAAUACAGAUUAUACAUACACAGAUUUCACUCUCUCGUUCGGGCUUUUGAUUUUGAUACAUCACACAGAUUCUAUGUUACUUUGUAUAAUUAUUUGGUAGAGAUUGAUCCCAUAUUUUUUGUGUGUUUACGGUUACGGCCGCUGUUCUUGGCUGUUUAUUUAUUUUGUAUUUUUAAUUUUCUUCUCCUUAUAUGUAUAAUAUAAAUAUAAUAAUAAUUGAUGUUGAUAUUA